UUAGUGCUGGGCUAUAACGAAAGCCUGCACCCACACUGACCCUUUUGGGAUAAGAUUAGACACCUUUGGCCCUGCCCGAGAGUGAUUUCGCUAGCUUAAGUUAGUUAGGCAACAACUAGGAAGAUGGACCAUUUAAUGGAGACGAAGGAGAAUAUUAAAUGAAUUACGCACAGGAACGACCACAGUUUGCUAGGCGUCCAAGGGGGACCAGGAACAGGCGAGAAGGAACAUGUCGUGUGUUACAGAGCUUGGCACUGCUGGAGGGAGGACCGCCUGUCUGUCUCCAUUAGAGGCUCUCCGUACACUAAGAUCAUGACUAAAACGCAAGGUGUCCGGUCGUCUCUCAGGUUUUCGGGGCGGGGGUGCGGAUGGCUCGGAGGACCAGCCUGGGCUCGCUGGAGGACCAGCUGCGGUGCCCGGUGUGCCUGGACGUGUUCGCCGAGCCGCUGAUGCUGCAGUGCGGGCACUCGUACUGCCGCUCCUGCCUGCGCUCCAUGACCCUGGACCCGCUGGGGCAGCUGCAGUGCCCCGUGUGCCGCAGCGAGGUGGACGGGGUGUGCUCGCCGCCCAACGUGUCGCUGGCGCGCGUGGUGGACCUGCUGCGGGAGCUGGACUGCUCCAGCGCCGAGCCUGAGUGCCCCGCGCACAGGAACCCGCUCAGCCUGUACUGCGAGGAGGACCAGGCCGUCAUCUGCGGCCUGUGCGCCAGCAUCGGGGCCCAUCGCAGCCACCAGAUCACCCCCAUCAUCAGCGUGUACAGCCGCAUGAAGGAGGACAUUUCCUGUCUGAUGACUGAGUUGCAGACGCAGAGGAGGAAGCUGGAGGAGCAGAUCUGUAAAAUGUCUCAUAACAAGUCCCGCAUUACUAACGAGUCGGACGUGCUGAAGUGGGUGAUCCGGAAGGAGUUCGGCGAGCUGCGGCGCCUCCUGGAGGAGGAGGAGGCGGGGUUCAUGCAGACGGUGGAGAGCUCCGCCUCCGCGCUCGUUGCCUCCAUACAGACGCAGGCGGACGACAUGACGCUCGUGCUCGCCAAGUUCCAGGAGGCCGAGGGCACGCUGGAGGGGCUGAGCAACGAGAGUCACCUGGAUUUCAUCCGGAAAUAUGGAUCCAUUGCUCCAAGGUUCAGAGAGUGCCAGCAGAAGCAGCAGAGAGAGGAGCGGUCCUACAGCGCCAUCACUUUCAAACCCGGGUUCAACCACAGCGACAUCAAGCUGUCUGUGUGGAAGAGACUGCACCGGAGAGUCCUGCCUGCCCCGGAGCAGCUGAAGCUGGACCCCCUGACGGCGCACCCCCUGCUGCGGCUCAGCCACGGCGACACGGCGGUGGAGUGCGGCGUGCUGCCCCGCCGUCUCCCUAACAACCCCGAGCGCUUCAGCUACAGCUACUGCGUGCUGGCCAGCCGCGGCUUCUCCGCCGGCAAGCACCUCUGGGAGGUGGGCGUGGCCGGCAAGCGCAAGUGGCGUCUGGGCGUCGUCAAGGGCACCGUCAGCCGCAAGGCCAAGCUGCCCAAGAGCCCGGAGGCGGGGGUGUGGCUCAUCGGCCUGAAGGAGGGGGGGCUGUACGAGGCCUUCGCCUCCCCCCGCGUCACCCUGCCCCUCUCCGCCCCGCCCGCCACCAUCGCCGUGUUCCUGGACUACGAGCGGGGCGAGCUGAGCUUCUUCGCCGCGGACAGCCCGCAGGAGCUGGGCCUGCUCUAUCGCUUCCGCUGCGACUUCCAGGGAAAGCUGUACCCGCUGUUCGACGUGUGCUGGCACGAGCGGGGCGCCAACAAGCAGCCCAUAACGCUGCCCCCGCCCCCCUGCCCCCAAAUAAGCCCUCUGCCCCCACCCUCUGCCCCCAAAUAA